GCGCGUGCACCGGACGACUGGUGUCGUUUAACAUUGGCUGGCACUGUUUUUUAUUUUUUUUUAUUUUUCCUGCAUUCACCCUGUCGUGUUUUGGUAUUUUUUCCGAUAGAAGCAUCGAGAGCUCGAUGUCCUUCACAUUACUACAGUACUUUUUUUGAUGUUCGUGUAUAAUUGUUGACUGAGGAUAAACAAUGUCCAACAAAACAGCAAAACAAGUCCGACCUUCUUUAAAAGUGCCUCCGAUCAGUCAUAUGUUCAGGACAAGGAACGACAUACACUGAUCAGCCAUAACAUUAUGACCGCCUGCUUUUAAUAUUGUGUUGGUCCCCCUUUUGCUGAAAAACAGCCCUGACCCAUCGAGGCAUGGACUCCACUAGAUCCCUGAAGGUGUGCUUGUUGUAUCUGGCACCAAGAUGUUAGCAGCAGAUCCUCUAAGUCCUGUAGGUGAGGCCUCCAUGGAUUGGACUUGUUUGUCCAGCACAUCCCACAGAUGCUCGAUUGGAUUGAGAUCUGGGGAAUUUGGAGGCCAAGUCAACACCUCAAACUCAUCAAACCAUUCCUGAACCAUUUUUGCUUUGUGGCACAAAGCAUUAUCCUGCUGAAAGAGGCCACAGACAUCAGGGAAUACCGUUUCCAUGAAAGGAAGUACAUGGUCUGCAACAAUGCUUAGGUAGCAGGACCCAGGGUUUCCCAGCAGAACAUAAGCAUGACACUGCCUCCACUGGCUUGUCCUCUUCCCAUAGUGCAUCCUGGUGCCAUGUGUUCCCCAGUUAAGCGAUCCAUAUGCACCCGGCUAGCCAUGUGUUUUAAAAGAAAAUGACCAGGCCACAUUCUUCCAUUGCUCACAGGCCAGCCUUCAGCCUUCUAUUUGCUCCCCACAUGCAUCAAUGAGACUUGGCACCCUAUGACCCUGUUGCCGGGUUCACCACUGUUCCUUCCUUGGAUCAGUUUUGAUAGAUACUGACCACUGCAGACUGGGAACACCCCACAAGAACUGCAGUUUUGGAGAUGCUCUGAUCCAGUCGUCUAGCCAUCACAAUUUGGCCCUUGUCAAAUUUGCUCAAAUCCUUACGCUUGUCCAUUUUUCCUGCUUCUAACACAUCAACUUUGAGGACAAAAUGUUCACUUGCUGCCUAAUAUAUCCCACCCAUCAUCAUCACCCAAAUCAUCACGAGUGAUGAAUCAGUCAGGGUCUGGAACACUGCAUAUAAACCAAAGCUCCACAAACAGAAGGAGUGUCAAUGCGUCUGUGAGCCGAAGGAGCUUCACAUUAGCAAGAGACAGUAAAGUUCUUGAUAAAGGCUCUGUUCAAAUCCCCAGACACACUGUCCAGGUGUUUGAUGAAACAGGGAAGGACGUCACUCCUCCGCCUCUGUACCAGCCGGAACCCGGAGCCACACAAAACAAACAGAGCAAAAUAUUAACACGACAUGACACAUCAGAUAUGACCAUCUCUGACUUUCUGUCCACAGCGUACCACACCAUAAGCGCAAGCUCUGCAGGACCCUUUACCAUGUCUGCUUUUGGGAGUAGUUUUGUGUCGAGGGCAAGUCACUCUACGAUGGGAUCUAUGAGUGAUGAACUUGAGGAGCCUUCUGCAAAACAAGAAACCUUGAUUAGUCUCUCAGAACUAAAUAUUAAGAGAGACGAGCAGAUCGAGGAGCCUCUACUGAACAGUCCAGAGGUUUUUAACCUCACUGAGACAGAGAACAUGUGCCUCCUGGACAUUCCUGCAAUGUCUGUAUCUUUCGACUCCGAAGAGGCUGAAGCAGUCAGGACGAGGAACAAGGUGUAUACAGAAAUUUGCAAGAGCAGACAGGAAAAUGAUGUAUAUGUGGAGCGAUCAAUGCAGACAUUUAACGGCGCCUAUAAAUCUAAAGUAGUCCAGAGCGAUCGGGUCAUCAUGGUGGAAAAAGGUCUAAUGGCAACCAUUUGGGACAUCUAUGACUUGUGUGUGAGCAGCAGUGAGGCAGAAGAGUCAGGUAGUGAUACAAGUGUCCUAGAUGUCUCCUCCACUCAUCAUCUAGAGUCGGACAGAGGUCUCCAGAGACCCAUGUCCAGAGUCAGUGCCACCAGCACAGCUAGUACCUCUAGCUCUCAAAGAGAGAUGGAGAGUUCCACAACUCAGAUGGUAGAUGAGCCAGACUCAGAGCAGAUCCUGUACUCAGAGACAUUCCAGCAGUCCCUGCAGGUACUGGAGAGAACACUUCUGCUGAACAUCUACCAACACAAACUAGCAGCCUACAAAGGGCUGCCCAUACUGCCAGAGCUAGACUGUGUGCCAAACCUAGAUGAAGAGGACAGAGUUGAGGUUAAGGAAGAGGAUUCACUCAGCCCAGCUCUGGAGCUCCUCUGGACCUUCAGCUGUGAGCUAACCAAGGGCCACAGUGUGAGCUGCAUGGCAUGGAACAAGAAAAAUCCAGACUUUCUGGCAGUGGGAUAUGGACAGUUUGACUUCAAGGAUCAGACCUCUGGACUGGUCUGCGUCUGGUCUAUGAAAAAUCCUGCUUGGCCUGAGCAGAGUAUCAACUGCAAGACCAGUGUCACAUCCCUGGACUUCUCAGACUCUAAUCCCAGUCAGUUAGCAGUGGGCUUGUAUGAUGGUACCAUUGCUAUCUACAGCAUAGAGAGCAGUGAGGCAACACUGGUCUGUGACAGCAGGAACUGUGCCCAAAAACACAUGGCACUAGUGUCGCAGGUGAAGUGGAUCGAUCGUGUACAGGGUCUAUCAGUAGAAGAUAAAAAAGAGACGCUGUUCUCUGUGUCUGCUGAUGGGAGGAUCAGUGAAUGGUUCCUUCAUAAAGGACUUGACUGUGCUGAUAUGCUGAAGCUGAAGAGGAUAAGGAAUGAAAAAACAGAGAAACCGUGGAAGCAGGAGCCGUUGAUCUCUCACUGGGCCGUUGGACUCUGCUUUGAUUUUGACCACCAGGAUUCCAACAUGUAUUUGGUGGGAACGGAAGAAGGACACAUUCAUGAAUGCUCCUGUUCACACAACGUUCAGUUCUUGGAGACCUACACAAAUCACCUGGGUCCAGUUUAUAAGGUCACACAGUCACCGUUUUGUCCAGAUGUCUUCCUCAGCUGUUCUGCAGACUGGACCAUUCAGCUUUGGACAGAGGAUCACUUUACUCCAGUGCUGAGCUUCACUUCUGUCAAGAAAGCUGUGUAUGAUAUCAUGUGGUCCCCUUGCUGGGCUACUGUGUUUGGGGCGGUCAAUAAGGACAGAGUGGAAAUCUGGGAUCUGGGAGCUAGCCUUGUGAGUCCAACUUUAGUAAGUGAGGUCAUUCCAGGGGUGGGACCAACCACUCUGCUAUUUGCUCUGAAGGCAGACUGUGUUCUAGUAGGGGACAGUGAGGGCAAAGUCAACGUCUACAAGCUGAAGAACUUCACAGCAGGCGAUGGAGCAGAGGUGGACACACUGGAGAAAAUAGUCAGCUCCUCACUGGCCAGUCAGCUCUGAAAGAGAGAGAGAAAGACCAUUUUUCCCCCUCAGGAAACAGUUACAAUAUAAAUAAAAUACAAAUAAACUGCACUAAAAUAAUUACAAAUAGGGUUCCCAAUUUCUUUUCAAGUAAAGACUACAUUUUAAAGUUUUCACAAUGCUCAAUAGUUCCUAUAGCUGAACAAAGUCUUUUUCCUCAUGUCCUUGGUAAUGUAAGUUAGCCUUUCUAGCCCGAUACAGUCUGAUCUAUUCCUUAUCCUUUUUCAAACUUGGCUCAUCCAUACACUCCAGCCUAAUGCAAUCACACUGUUGGCUUGAAAAAGUCUAGAAGUUCAGUCUGUUUCAAUGUUUAUAAAAAGUCCAUCAAAUAUAUUCCAAUAACACAGAGUUCAUAGGGACUUUAGUGUUAAAUGUGUCGGACAGACAUUCUAAUAACCUCCUUCCAGAAGUUUACAAUUUUUGGACAUUCCCAAAGACAUACAGGACAUACAGUUUAUCUUUCUCAUUCAAACAUUUAGCACACACAUCUGUAAUAUUAGCAAACAUACAGUAUGUUCUCAUUAACCUUGUGUAUCACCUAUAUGUUUAUGUGCAGCAUGCCAAACUUGUAUGAAUUUGUAUUUUUAAGAAAAGGAUUUUUUUCUGCAUUGAUAUCUAAAGAGUAUAGAUAUAUAUUUAAUGGCUGAUCUGGGAAGGAUUCUUGUUCAGUGCCUACCCAAUCUAGGGGCAUUGUACAAAAAGCCUGAUAUAUUUUAAGAAUCUUAAAAUAAACCAUAACAUUUAGAGGACUUCCAAAUUCUGAAAAAUUAUCAAUAACUAAAAUAAGGUUUUGAUUUGAAUUAAACACACAAUUAAAUGUAGUAUAUAUUCUUAUCCAAUCAAAUCCGAAUCCAAGAAUAAGAACGAAAGAAAUGUUUGAGAAAUUACAAAUAAAACACCUUGCAUUUACAUGGGAGGGGAUGUGAUGGGUUUUACAGUAACACACUAAAAGUUAAUGGAGAGGGAAUAAAGAGUGUGAUUACCAGAACCUGUGGACAGAUUACAACCCAUCCAUGUCAUCAACACCCCAUGAGAGAUCUGCAAAUGGCUGUCAUUAUGUGAGCUGCUGUAAUCCAUGAUUUACCUGAGAGUUCAAUAUUCAGAGUCUUUUAGUGCAAAUCAAACAAUUUAGUGCUGAGCAGUUCAGUCAGUGGCUCUGAGUAAACACAGUGGAGGGCUUCAUCAGAGCAGCAGGUAUGGGGGGGGUGACUAACCUGUGAUUAUAUACGACACAUGGUUUAGCUAGUGUGUUAUGUUUAUCUAUUAUAGACCACAGUAACAGACUUAGUACUUUUUGGUUGACUGGUAGAAAA